UCACAGGGUUUAUUUAACACGUAGUCACAAACCCACCCAGCUCUCACACGUCGCGCCGGGCGUGGAGCCUCCCUGUAGACUCAGAGCGCACCUCAGGGUGACAACACUCCAGACGCGGCUCACGUCGGGAAACACGCACGCUGGAUAACCGGAGAUACUUUUCUCUCUUUUUGUUGCUGUUUCACUAUUUUAGCCAUUCUUGAAGAUCAGCCGAUCGGACGUUUUUUGUGUUGUGUUUUUUUCCCCCCACAAGGCUUUCUUGAAAGUAAUUUUUUUCGGUUUUUUGAAGCGACAUGGAGAGGAUUACCAGUGCGCAACCACCGCCUCCCCGCGUGCCAAACUCUCUGGAUAUAGCUGACAUGCAAGGAAUGGACUUUCCCAUUUAUGUGUACAAACCCAGGAGAAACAUGAAGCGCAUGGAAGAAAGCAAGGAGACGUACAAGCUGCCGCACCGACUGAUCGAGAAGAAAAGACGCGACAGAAUUAACGAGUGCAUCGCGCAGCUGAAGGAUUUGUUACCAGAACAUCUUAAGCUGACGACCCUGGGUCAUUUGGAGAAAGCCGUGGUGCUGGAGCUCACUCUCAAGCAUGUGAAGGCCCUGAGCACCCUGCUGGAGCAGCAGCAGCAGAAAAUCAUGGCGUUGCAGAAGGACUUACAGAUCAGCGACCAUGGAGGCGACGGCGCCGAGAGCAGCGAGGAGAUGUUCCGCUCCGGCUUCCACCUGUGCGCCAAAGAGGUGCUCCACUACCUGGCCAGCCAAGAGAGCAGCAGGGACCUGACCCCGUCCCACGUCAUCAGCCACAUCCAGAAGGUCGCGGCCGAAGUCAUGCAGCACCAGCAGGUGGACGAACCCGCCCGUCAGCCUUCGGAAAAGUCGAGGAAGGCCCCGGCGGAGCCCGCCAGGGCCUCCGAGGGCCCGGGCAAGAACUGUGUUCCCGUCAUUCAGAGGACUUACCCCCACGGGACGGGCGAGCUGAGCGGCAGCGACACGGACACUGACAGCGGCUACGGCGGAGAGCACGAGAAGCCCAAGACGCAGUGGUCGGAGAGCCACAGGAGGGAGGGGGAGCAAGCACGCCGCUGCGUCGUCUGAGGGGUGGGCGGCGCCAUCAAGCAGGAGGGCGACGAGCCGCGCGCCAAGAAGUCGAAGUCGGACUCCUCGGAGGACGAGGUCCUCUCCGGCCACUCGGCGGGAGUUCCCGGCAGCUACAUGAGCUUCUCGCCCAACCAGCCGCCGUUCUGCCUCCCCUUCUACCUCCUGCCCCCGGCCGCCGCCGCCGCCGCCGCGUACCUGCCCAUGCUGGAGAAGUGCUGGUACCCCGGGGGCAUGCCGGUCAUGUACCCCGGCAUGAGCGGCUCCCCGGCCAGCCUGCCUGCAGAGACAGCGCCCCCCUCCCUGGUGAUGUCCCCGAGGGCCGGUUCCCCGGGGCCACUGCAGACCCCGCUGGACUCCCCCGCUCUCCACAAAGCUUUGAAGCAGAUCCCUCCUUUGAACUUGGAAACCAAAGACUGAGCUGUUUCUGUCAGAAUCUCUCCCUCUGAAUGUUUAUUGUGGUAAACUCGAGUGUAAAAAAACACACACACACACACACUGGCACCCUUGCACACCACAGCCGUAGUCUGGCCCGUCGGCGCACCCGCCUCGACACCAUCUGCCGUCAGCUCCCGAACCGAAACAGGACCGCUGGGGGCGACCUGUG